UUUAAACAUAAAAUAUCUAGAAAAUAACUGUGUUAAUAUAUUUUUUGGUUACAGUAUAAACUAUUUACACGGAACCUUGUUUUGAAUUUUCAGUCCUAGGCCAUAAAAUUGGAAAAUUUUAUAAAAUUUUAAAUACAAAAUAAUUUGCAAAUUUUCAAUUAUCUAGAUGAAAUUUGUCAAAAACUAUCCGCGUUUCGACUACUUACUUAUCGUUUACACACAUAAAAAACACAUCUGUGAAAUCGAUACAUUAAUCGUUUCGCUCAUAACCAAAAAUUUCCUAAAACUUCUAAAAAUGAUUUUAAAAAAGUCACCAAUAUGACCUAUUAACACGGAAAAAAAAAUUAGCUCUAUAAAUUUGUACUAUUUAUCUCUGCUUCGCAUGUUACCGAAAAACGUCAUUUUUAGCUAGAAAAGCAUCGACCCAAGAGAAGAUGAAGUCUUCAACAUCCCUUGACCCGGCUUGUUAUAGGUAAUUUUAUAAUUAUAUUCUUUACCGUAUGGUUUAUAGUAAUUAUAGUUCAUACUCUCAGUUUUCACCAGUGGUGGAUCCAGCUAGGGGGGCUUAGACAGCAUUUUCCCGCCGCAAACGCUGUAGUUUUCCAAUGUUUUACACCGUGCUUAGCCAAUUUUUGUACUUUUGAACCCCCCUCCCAAAUUAAGCCUUCGGUCAGCCACUGGUUCUCACUGGGAUAGUCUUAUCGUUGACAAAGACCGAGCGAAGAAAAUAAUUGAAACAGACAUUUUUAAAAUCAUAUUCCGCGGCUAUCUAGGCUUGAAUCGUUUGAACAGGAUUUCUAUGAGUGCUACGAGUAGAUUUAAUUUUUACAUCAUGGCAACACUGGUGCCCAGCCUUCCUGUUUCGUAUUUCUUAUCUAUGGAAAAUCGGUAAACAUAGAUAAACGAUAUCUAUUGAUACUAAAACUUAUGAAUGUCCAUGCGGGCAUAUUGUGUCUUUCAUAGUUUCAUGCAUUGUUGGUUGUACAAGCAUUGAACAUUUAAAAAUCUGUAACUGUCUCGUCCCGUUUAGGCUUACGACUAGUUACGACUUUACGAGUUCACGUCUGACGUAUUAACAGCCACUUUGUUCAAAAAAUGAGAAAAAUCAAAAAUUGUUAAUUAUUUCAAUUUUCAUUAAUAUAUGCGCUUUACAACCCGACAGUUGUAAUGGGUUCGUUUGACGUCCACAGGGUGAAUUUUUUUUCACCCGAACUUCUGUCGAUCCAAUGCAUGGUCGUUGAAAGCGAAACUCAAAAACUAGCUGUAGGAAGGUCAAACGCGUCAAUUGAGGUAUGGGACGUCUCCUACAAGCCGCACAUCGACAGGGUGUUGAUAUGCGACAGCAGUGUCGAGGGUCUCGCAUGGUACAACGGAAGGUUGUUCAGUUGCAGUGCAAAUGGCACUGUUACAGAACAUGACUUGCACAGUCUUUCGCCUUUGUACAACAAAACUGUAACGUCUGGAUCGUGUUGGUGUAUAGCAAUUCAUAAAAAUAGUGGACGUUUAGCCGCUGGAACACAAGAUGGUUAUAUUAAUAUAUUUGAAAUAACAUCAGACGGUUUGACUUAUGACAGAUUAUUGGACAAACAAGAAGGUAAGAUUAGUUGUAUUUCUUGGGAUUCAAGUGGUGAAUGGCUGGUCACGGGUUCCAUAAAUGCUUUACGUAUUUACAGCCGAAGAAGUGGUCAUGCUUUACACAAACUUCCUACUGGUCAAACUGAGACAAUUGUGUCAUCAAUAGCAGUCACCAACGAUUUCACAAUUAUUAGUGCUGAUUCUCGUGGUAAAUUAUGUUUUUGGGAUGGAAAUAAAGGCACAAACAUAGCCAAUUACCAAGCACUUAAAUCAAUUGCACUUACAGUAUGUUUAGAUGAAUCACAGACUAAAGUUUAUUGCAGUGGUGUUGAUCCACUUAUUGUAUGUUAUGAGCUAAUAUCCAUGAAAUCUGACAUGAGUGUUGAAUGCAACAAAUGGGUAAGAAGUGUACAACUAGUGGCACAUACAGUAGAAGUACGGUCAUUAGUUCAUUUUAAAGGGAAACUAUUUUCAGGAGGUAUUGAUGGAUACUUAUCGGUGAGCAGCUAUCCUCCAAAACAUAUGGUUAAAUACCCUCCAUUGAUGUCUUCAACUAUAUCUCUAGCGUCAGAAGCUCGUUAUGUAUUGAUGUUACAUCUGAGCCAUUUAGAUGUUUGGUAUUUGGGCGAUAAACAUAAGUAUGAAAACAAAUUGUCUAAACUGGUAACUAUCAAAUAUUCAAAAAAUGACUAUGUUCGAUGUUCAGCAAUCUCACCUGAUGGCACAUGGGUUGUUUAUUCAACUGAAGAAAAACUUAAAAUAUUUAGUUUGAUUAUGGAUUCUGCCACUUGUGAACCAAUGAUUAAAAAGACUGGAAUUCAACCGGUUGAAUGUGAUGUUUCCACUCAGUUGGCAUUUUCGUCUGAUAGCAAAUACUUGUGGUUUGCUACCAAACAUGAAAAUACUUUGGUCUGUUUAGAAAUGUCUCACAAGUUUGAUUUAUCGACUAAAUACUGCAUUGAUACUACUCACUAUUUCAAAGACUUAAUACAUUUAUUGGAAGUGUCUAAAUGGAAUAAAUAUGUUGUCGCAGCUGAUAGAAAAAGUAAUAUUGUUGUGUUCAAUGAAGGAAAGCAUUAUUGUACUUUACCAAAAUAUCAUUGUUCUCCGACGAGCAUGAAGAUUCAUCCUACGACAGAAAAUCUUGUUAUAGCCUAUGCAAAUCGAAAUGUUGUAGAAUAUAAUUUAAGUAGACAAGAAUACACUGACUUUUCAGAACAAUUAUUUUUAAACCCGCCUUCAGAGUUAAUAAAUAGAUCAUUUCCAAUUAACUGUAUUACCUUUGAUGCUUCGAGAAAUGAUUCUAUUAUUUUUUCAGAUGAUAAUACUAUUUGUGUUUUGACAAAAGAUGAAAAUAAUUCAAAAGAUCCAGAGAAAAAAAUUAAGAAACUAGAAUCUAAACCCAUUAAAUUUUCUCUUAAGAUUAUACAAAAUUAUGAACACUUGGUGUUUUUUGACUUUUUAAAUCGAGAAGAACUGGUUGCUGUUGAAGUCAAUCCAUGUUCAUUUGUAGAAAAGUUACCAGCUGUAUACAAAAAAAAAUUGUUUGGAAUGACAUAAAAAAUGUGUAAUAAAUAUAAUUUUAUUUUUA